AUGACGUCCGUCCCCGAGCAGCAUCUCGCGCAAACCCGAAGAGUGCCCAUCCGCAACCGACUCCCCCAAUUGUCGGAGGCUUGCUGCGUCGCCCCAUGCCAGCGCUCCUGCCAGAAGCAGUCGCACUUGCAGAACCCUGCACUUCCCGCCGUGUUGUCGAAGUAUGCGGAGGUAAUGGGGGAGUACGAGGAGCUGUUUUCCCACAUCUCGCACAGCUUCAUUUAUGCUCAGAAGGGAUCAGCCCAUGCCGGUCAUGAGAAUCAUGAGAAGGUCUUAAGCGCGAAGAAGCUUCUUGCGCCAGCCACUGGAAUGUUCACGCAGGAGGAGUUCUGGUAUUUUGAAGGCGAGGACUUGGCCAACCUGGCGAGUGAUGGCUUCCGGCUGUCGCGCUCGUCCGGCCAUGGCCGCUUGUUCGUGCUCCUUCCGACUGGGGCUACGGUGCCAAGUCCCCAGAUCAACGGUGUCCCAUUGACAUCCCCGUAUGGUACCGUCUAUGGUGACCAAACUCUGCCUGUGCCUCUCAUGUGGGACUUCAAGCUUUCAAGUCACACCCUGAGAGUGACAGGCUUGAACUUUCCGGCCCAUUUGCAGAUCACGUCGUCUUACCAGCCUCUCCUUGCCUGGUCGAGCAGCCAGCUUGAGCACAGUUGCACCACGGAGGCUGCUGGCUACCUGAAAUGCAAAGACAAAGCGCUCAAAGUGAAGUUUCCCUCUGGGGCGACAAAGGUGGACGUCACCUUCUUCAUGCGGGCGCGCUGUCUUGGCUCCCGCGAUUGUUCCGACGCGAGUCCCGCUUGUGAAACCACGAGCGACGUCAGAGCACAGUAUCAAGACGAAUGCAUCAAUCACCUCCCGUCCUCAGGAACCAAAGUUUCCUGGGCAAAUGAGUUUUUCAUGCUGGACGAUGCUUGGUGUCUUGCAAGCAACGAUGCCGACUAUGAUUAUCUUUGUGACGACGUCGAUUCCCCGCCCAAAUUCAACAUUUUCACAGCCAGCUUCGGAGCAGGAGACAACAGACAAAACGUGGUUGGUGCCGAUGUGUGGCACAAAUACCACAUCUCCAUUCGAGGCAGGAAGCACAUGGUCUAUAUAGAUGACAAAUUCCAGGGAGGGCGGUGGUCUCGGUCCGCAGGUCAUGAUGGGCAGAUCGUGAUUGAUGCAGCGUACAAUGAGAUCCACGUUUGGGGCUUGACCGUGUCAUCGAAGACGCCCGUCAUCCGAGUCGCCGAUAUCCACCACAAGGACGAGUCGUCUGCUAAGGGUAGGUACUUCAAUUUCAAUGCCGACGACUUGUGGAUCCAGGAAGAUCAGUAUGAGAAUGGUCAGGAGCAGUUCGAUGCACGUGUCCAGCAGUGCCAAUUCGACGAGGCCGGGGACCCGUUCGAGGACUUCACGGAGUUCAAUGACCGCGAGCUCACGGUGACAAUCGAUGGAGUGGAUUCUAACGAUGUUGUGGCGCAUAAGUGGACUGCCCAUGGCAAACAGAAAUGGAAUGAAGGUGACGGCCAGUUCCGUAGAGGGGACUUGCUCCUCAUGGACCCUUCGUUGAAGUGCCCAGCCUGCAAAGACAACUUGGGCGUGCGGGCCUGGAACCUUCCCUGCGGCCAACUCUCCCAUGCCAUCCAUGUCAAGGACACCCAGCAUGUUUCAGGCUAUGUGGACAUGCACUUCUGGUUCGACAACAUGCCCGCGGACCUCUUCGGCUACAAGGGCGAGAGCGAAAUUGUAGGCACGGUGCGUCAAUGCCGCUACAAUCCGACCACUGGCGGCCCUAUCAACGGCCCCUUCCACAAUGCCCGUGUCGAUGUACGGGUUUGGACUCAGGUGCCGCACGGACGCAGGGAGCAUGAUCCAGCCGAGCACCAAUUCCUUGUGGAUGACUUCCUCCUCACCGACCCCAGCGUCACAUGCCCCAAGUGCAGAUGGAUUUUGAACUCCCUCAGGGUGCUCCAUAAUCGGCACGAUGGCUAUGGCAGCUACCAGAAGGGCAUCAUCUUCAGCUUCGAUUCCGGCAUCGCCAUUCCUCAUGAGGGACAUCAACGG